UUUACUGAGAACGUUAGUCACACGAUGUGACUGUUGUUAGUGAUGCUAUCCCAAUUUGGGUUAUCUUUUAAGUUGGUGUUUUGCUAGUUUUUUUAAAUACAGUCCUUAGCUGAUCAGAAAUGGAUUACUACAUCCCACCCCUCAAAGCAGAUUGCGAAGAUUUGCUGAAUCAAUUUCAGAAGACAGAGUCGGUGCGGUACGAGGAAUUCACAGCAAUAUGGAGGAAAAUGAACUUCUCCAGUAUAUUUUAUGGUAAAAUGGCAGGCAAUGAGAUGCGGGCCUUUAGUCGCUUAAUACUGACCAUUGCCUAUCAGUACUUCCUACCUCCGUACAAUUUCCAGAUCCGAGUUGGGGGCUUGUACUUGCUCUAUGGCCUUUAUCACUCACAGCUUGCAUCACCCAAAGAAAAGAUCAGGUUUGCUCUGAAGGACUGGGAGAAUGUGCAGAAGUUCCAGACGGAUGCAAUGAAUGCCCAGCACUAUGACGUCACCUACAUCCUCAGAAGGCUUUUCUCUGAAAAAGCCAUCUACUUUGCUGCCAUGCCCAAACAGCUGAGCUUCCAGGUGAAGAGGAAGGCCACGAGGCACACGGUGUGCGAGGAGUUCUGGGAUCGGCCCACGCGGGUGAAGGACCUCAUCACCUCAGACACGAUGGAGGAGAUUAUGAAUGUGCACGAGCACUAUGAAAAAGUGAAGGCGGCCUUCUCAGCCACCCCUGGCCAGCCAGACUCCGGCAUCCACAUGAUCAACAAGGACCUGGCGGCACGUAUGCAGAGCACGGUGAUGAGGUUCCACAAGUGGCAGGAGGAGACUGAAAGCAGAAGGAGGAAUGAAUAUGAAGAUGCAAGUGACACAGAUGCUGGUGAAGGAACCUCUAAACAGAGUGAGUGUUCCAGUAGAGCACAGCUGCUGGCAUCCAUCAAAUCCAAAUCUUAUGGACAAGUAGUGGAGGCCUCUAGGUCGCGGCGGCACCGGCAAACAGAAAUGGACACGUCGCCCUCCAAGCCAAACCCAGCCCAAGGAACCGCUCGUUGUAAGAAGCCCAUGUCACUGAGGGAAAGGACCAGGAAAAAACUGAUGAGCCAAGGGAGUGUGAAGCAGGAAGCCCUGGAGUCCACCACGCAGUGGCGUCUCUCCAUGACUGAACAAGAUAAGUUAGCAGAGAGACGUAGAGAGAAAAAACCGUUCAAGUGGUAAAACAUGAGAAGAGGACGCAGAGCCUGAAGAGGAGCUUGUGUUUGGAAGGGCCACUUGAUGAAAACUUGCCAGUUUAAGAAGGGGAAACCUCAGAGGGCUAACCCUCUUAGGGAGUUCUUGAUUGGUUGUGUAUCUUUCAGAGAAUUACAAAACUGCUGUCUGUGGUCACAUGUCACUGACAAGUCAGUGGUUGUGUCAGUAGUCAUGUGUUGCUGAGCAGUCCAGCUUGCUCUAUCGACUGAAGUUCCUUUUUAAGAAUUUUAAGAAAGUGAGGGUCAUAUUAAAACAUAGAACUUCUGUUGCACCUGCCCUAUACGGUAGAUGCAGAUACAUUUGACAAUGUACGUAAUAAUGACUUGAAUGUAGUUUUGUGUACUCAGUUGUUAUAUAGAAAAUGACCAUAUAAAACCAUUCAGCCAUAUGUAAGCUAAAAGCCAUGAUACAAAAUAGGAGGCUUUCAUUAAUUCCUCUAUAGAAUGUUGUAGAAUUUUCUGUGCAGAGUGCCUACAUAUCACUGGCAUUGGCCAGGAAAUGACCACAUGCCGUCAUUUUAAUGCAAUGUUACAGAAACA